AUUUUAAGCUUUUCUACCGUUCGGGACGAACAGACAGACCGUCGGUUGAGAAAGCGGAUUGAGGCUGUUUGAGGCGAGGAUUGUUACGACUGAGCCUGAUUUAUAUUUCUGAGGAACUUGCGUCUCACUCAAUACAUCUUCAUAAUGGCUGCUGUGAAUGUGCACAGCACAAAUGCUUCAGAUAACAACCUCAGUAGGCAUGAUAUGAUUGCAUGGGUCAACGACAGUUUACAGACGAGCUACUCAAAAAUAGAGGAGUUGUGCUCAGGAGCCGCAUAUUGCCAAUUCAUGGAUUUAUUAUUUCCAGGAAGUUUAAUGAUGAAAAAAGUGAAAUUCGCCACAAAAUUAGAACAUGAGUACAUCCACAAUUUCAAGGUGCUUCAAGUCUGCUUUAAGAAGCUAGGGGUAGACAAGAUAGUUCCCGUUGAAAGACUAGUGAAAGGCAAGUUCCAGGACAACUUUGAGUUCGUGCAGUGGUUCAAGAGGUUUUUUGAUGCGAACUACGGGGGUCAAGACUAUGACCCGGUGAUGGCUCGGGGUGGGGAACAGCUGGGCUCAGCCAAGCCAGGAGCCUUGAACAAGGCACCCACCGCGAAACCAUCCAUCUCCAGAACAAGCCAGCCCCCUGCACCGAAAGCUGUAAAACAACCUAACAGAAGCCCAGCAACUGUGAUGAGGAGAUCUCCAGGUAUGGGAAACAGUGCAGGUGGCGAUAAUCAGCUUGUCGAAGACCUCAAAAGCCAGAUUGAGCAACUUAAUAUGGACAAAGAGGGUCUUGAAAAAGAAAGAGAUUUCUAUUUCAACAAAUUGCGAGAGAUCGAAGUGAUUUGCCAGGAAAACGAAAGUGAAGCCCAUGUGAAAGAUGUUAUGGAUGUUCUCUAUGCAACAGAGGAAAAGGAAGGAUUUGCGCCUCCUGAGAAUGCUGACUUUGAAGAACAAGACGAAUAUUAGAAUAUAUCCUACACAUUUUAUCGCUUGUUUUAACUCUCAAGUAUUUGAAAAGAAAAGCAUCAUUACAUCCAUCCUCUCAUGGUUCUUUUUCUUUCGUUUCUGCUGCAUGAAAUGACUGUGUCCUGAUUUGGAUUGUAGUUCAAAUAGGAGAGAGAAAAGUGAUGUAAAAUGUUUCAAAUUUCAUCUGUUCAGAAACUAACUAAAAUGUUUGCUACUCUUUAAAGUGCAUAUUUUGACAGUCUGCCCUUCUUUCAGUACUGAUGGCACUGAGGAAAGUCUAAAAUGAAAGAAGUUUGCGUUGAAUACUGUUUUUAAUCUUGUCAUAUUCCAGAAGAGGCUCAAGCUACUUCUUCUGCGAUAUUAUCUAAACAAAUAUAUGUACCUUUGUUGGUCUUUUUGAAGAAACAUUUUCAGGUUUUUUGCUAUCCCAUCAACUUAAUUCCCUGUUUUGAAAGGGUGCUCUAAAAAAAAUUAUUAUGUGAAUGUCUGUGCUUUUUGGCGUGCAUACUGUUUGCAAGAUGGACAGGUGAUUUUUUGCUAAACUGCUGAUGUGAGUUAGGUUGUCUGCAGAGGUCUCCAUGUUCUCUCACCACUGAUGUUCUUAUCAGAGACACUUUUUUCCUAGUAAUGUUUGAACCUUGAACGGAUAUAUAGUACAUGGAGGUCGGUCAUGCAAAGUUGAGCAGCAUGUUAAGUAGAGUGCUAUCAAUCCAACAUCAUGAGUGCCAUUGUAAGUGAAAUAGAUUUAUUACCACUGGCUCAGUUAGAAACUAUCUUUACAGCUCCCGUAUUCUCUGAAUGUUUAAUUAAUUAAUAAGUGAACACUGGUCUAAAGCUUGAAGCAAUGUACAAAGUGAAAGAUUCUCCACCCCAGUUUUGCGCACCAAUGUUUUCGCUUUUCAGUUCCUCUGAUUGUGUUUGGAUGCUGAGGCAAAAGGAAGAAAAGUGAUCAUGAUAACACAUACACAUAGGCCUACAUACUGUUUUGUUUUAGAAAGAUUUAUUCGUCAUUGCUACCUAGACAUUACAGUCGCCACAUGCUUACAAGAUUUGUCCUCUUCAUGACAAUUAAAAGAUGUAAAAUUGAAACCAUUUGACUACGCUUUUCCUUUUUGUUCCUGCUCUUAUGCAUUUAGAAUAAAAGUAUAUAUGUUUUUUUAAAGCAAUUUAGUUUACAUCAUUUAUUUAUUUUGAAACACAUAGACAGCGUUUUCGUCAAAUCACUUAUAAACUAUAACGUAACGGUUGAGGUAAGAAUGUAACAUUACUGAAGUAGAUAUUGUUUUGAUAUUCCGUUUUGUUUAAUCCUGUUACUCUUCCUAAACAAUUAUUCACAACAAGGUAGGGCCACAAAUAUUCUGCUUGAAAGGGCAAUUCCCCAAGCAGCCCACUCUUUUGCAUACAACACCCCCCUAUUAUUAUUAUAUUUUUUUUUACAAAUUAUUUUGAGAAGAAAUGUGAGAAUUCUCAAGUGCACUGUAUACGGUUGUUGAGUUUUGUUUUCUCCUCUUGUACCUGGACCUGAGGACAAGGAUACCCGCAUUUUUUAUACUGCUUUUGAGAGAAGCUGUGAUCCAGUUUUGUUGCUUCUGUGACAUCCACUGCACUGGGUGGCCGUUGGUUUGGUUGAUGAUUAUAUUUUAUAUAAUGCCAACUGCUUUGUUGUUCCUCCCUCCCUUACUCACUGAACCCAAAGACACGUUGAAAUUGAUAUGUUUGUUGCAUGCUUUCUAAGAGGUCACCACAGUCACGUUUUUCCCCCCACAAACACUGUAAUUUGUUCUAUUUGUAUCUAUAACUAUAACAUGCAUUUAUAAAUUUCGGGUAAAUUUACUAUGUGCUUAACAGGAGGAGAUUAUUUUAUUCUUAUGGUUUUGCAGCGAAAAAUAAAUUUAACCUGUAUUUAACUUAUUGAUAUAUAUGUGUAUACAGUCGUGGAAGCGGUGCUUGAUCUUCAAGAUUAGUGGCAUAAUUUUGUGGUUUUUAAAUCUAACCUUUUCAUAUCCCCACUUUUUAAAAACAAUUUGAUAAAAUAUAUUCUAAUUUUCCCUUGGCGUUUGUUUAGUUACUAAGGUCUGCAUGUAGAUUCUUCACUACCACUGGGGGGGGGGGGGUUGCUGUUGUAGGGUCUCAAGAUCUGUUUUGUCCCCACCGAGCUGAAACUAGUGAAAUGUAAUUCUGUACUGAUUUAUCUUUCUGUUAUUUUGACCUGCCAACUACCCCACAGAAAUGAAUAAGAUUUCUUCCUUCUUUUGAGAAGACACUUGUUAAAACCUGAUUAAAUUUUUUUUUUUCAUAUAUCGGUGUCAAAGUCAAACAAAAUGUAAUUGCCCAUAAUGGACUCGAAAAUGUACAAUUUUGGCAUGCUAGGCCAGUACUUGUAUUCAGUAUUAUUUUGUAAAUUUUCCUCUACUUAAAUAUCUGCACAUAGAAAUGUAUGUGUAGUUCAGAAUGAGAAAGCUCAUUCAUUUAGUGUUCUUUUUUGUUUUUUAAUCUUUUUUGUUUUUUACAACAGUUGAUUAAUGGUUUUAUCAUGCUCUGUUGGGGUAUGUUGCAUGAGUGGUGUUUAGGCAACUAUUUUUUUCGUUCUGAAAUUCAGCUUCCUUUUGUCUUAGAUUCACGAAAAUUCUCCUGGUAUUAUUAAUCACCGAAGGGUCUGCAAUUUGAUCUCCUGCAUGUUUUGGGUUGUGUUUAUAUCAAGGUGUUUGAAUACUACCUGGUAUGUGUUUCCCAAAUUUUUUUUUUUUUUUGGUGAUCUUCAUUAGUUUUUCAGUUCAUCUUGUUUGUUUUAGAAUCAUGCUAUAGACAGCUUUAUUCUCUGGUUACAUUUUGCUUAAGUUAACAAUUAAGUUGUCCCUAUCAGCAUCUGUGAUGUAGUGGUUAGGUGCUUCGUCAUAGCAAGCAAAAGACAAGAGUUGGGGUCCCAUGUGGGGAGAAUUUUUAUUCAGUAUGUCCGUCUUUCUGCUGGGAUGUUGAAUCCCUCUGGGCCUGGGUUGGCCCUGACAGGCAAGGAUGAAGCAUCCCGCCUCCUAAACUACCUUUAAGUAGUGUCAAGGGGGGGCGGGGGGUGUAACUUCUACAAUUAUAAUUACAGGUUGUCCUGACGCCAAAAGAAUGGUGCCCACUGUGCGUGUUUCUGGGGGUUAGGAUGUGGGGAGGGGUGGGAGCGGUAGUGCAGUCCGAAGCUGAACUUGGACAGUUGAUCCAGCAGUUACCGACAGCAGUCUAAGGCCUACUACAUGUGCUUCAUAUAACUCAGCUGCCUUUGUCUGACACUGCUGCGCAGACCCUUGCUUUUCUUUUGUGUAUACAGCGGGGAUGGUGUGAACACGAUGGGCUUUGUGGGUGCACUCAAGUCACCGGGUUUUGUUUAGUACAUACUGUUUUUGUAUUGAUUUGUUGAGCUCACUUUGAAGUGGGUACCAUAAGGUAAAGCUUGUAGUAGAUGAUCUUGAACUUUUCCAUCACGAUGCGGAGCUGCCAACUGCCACAGAUUCUGUCAUUGAUUCUUGUGAAAAUUAUGUGAGAUCUUGAAUGGAGAGAUGGAAGGAAGGAGAGAGGCAUUUACCAAUUUUGUGAAGGAUCAUUAUCAUAAAGUUGUAUAGCUUGUCAUCAGUGGUCCAGACAAAAUGUAUCUGUGAUCCCCCCCCCAAAAAAAAUCGUGUAACAACGAUCCGAAAAUGUAGGCCUAAUCGGUUUAUAAAACUUGCUUCCAGUUUGUUUUGGUAAAUCUAUUUUCAGUUAUAAAAUGUAAAAUAUCUUAUUGAUUAAGCCACAAAACAACUUCUUCAUUGUGCAAAAGUAGGUUUUGGCAGGCAUAUUUCCUGUUUUUUUCUUGCUUGAGUUCAGUGUUGUUUUGACACAGAUUGUGCUUUUGUCUCAACAAAUUUUUGUGCUCUUGCAUCAGCAAAUUGUGCUUUGUGGUGUCAAUGAGUGAGAACUGAUCAUGGUCACAGGAAAUACAGGCUUAGACUUUUAGUUAGGGAGAGGCAUGAUUGGCAGCUCUGCUCCUGCUGAGGAUGGAAACAGUAACAACAGGGAUGUGAACACAAAAGUUGACAGUUGUGAAGAACGAUGGACUUAACUCUUUUUCUUUUUUUUUUACAACGUGAUGAAGAAAAAACGUACAAGUACAAUGUGCCUGGUCGUCUCAAAAUACUAUCCAAUGAAUAUUUUUCAAUGGCCACAAAGUUCCGGUUGUUUUGAACCACGUCUACUUUCACAUUCGUUCUUACAAUCUCAUUGUACAUGUAAUUAUUAUUUAAUCCAAUAAACAAUACAUGCAAGCUUUUCACAAAAUG